GGCAUUGAGCAGCAGUGGAAUGGUUCCAGAGGAGCAAUGAUACGUGGCUCCAGAAGGGGGGCGGAGAGAGGGAGGAGGCAGCUGGUGAUGGCAGGGACAGAGAGGAGAUCGGACAGCGGUGAGGAUGAUGUCGGGAGGAAGAAUCCUGUUGCUGUGCUUGAUAUGCCUAGCCUUCCAACUCAGUGCUACGUGCCCGCCGGGCAGUCGUGCUUGUGAGCCUGCCAGCCUCUCUUCUGUGGAUGCAUGGAUCUGCUCCAUAAUCGGCUCCCUGCUUGUGGGGCUUAGCGGGGUCUUUCCACUGCUGGUCAUUCCCAUUGAAGCCGGGGCAGAACUUCGGUCAGAAAAGAACUCUCAAAGGCUAAAACAGCUCCUGAGCUUUGCAAUUGGUGGAUUACUGGGCGACGUGUUCCUGCAUCUGUUACCGGAGGCCUGGGCUUAUACCUGCAGUGCAACAACAGGGAGUUAUCAGUCCCUGAAGCAGCAGAGGCUCCUCGGGUUAUGGGUCAUCAUUGGAUUCCUCGGCUUCUUAAUUCUGGAGAAAACAUUUUCAGACAAGAACCAUGAAGAGCAAGUUGACUCCACCACCCCAAAAGUGGCCAGAGAGAGUCUGAUGAACGGAAAGCACAAGAACAACAGCAAGCAGAAAUGCCAAACGCAGAAACCUUCUAAUGACCACAUCAAGGUCAGUGGUUAUCUCAACCUCCUGGCCAACACCAUUGAUAACUUUACCCAUGGCAUGGCGGUUGCAGGCAGUUUCUUAGUCAGUAUGAAGGUUGGCAUCCUCACUACCGUGGCCAUCUUGUUGCACGAAAUUCCUCACGAGGUUGGGGAUUUCGCCAUCCUGCUGCGCGCCGGGUUUGACCGCUGGAAUGCCGCUAGGCUGCAACUGACCACAGCGCUGGGUGGAAUGUUGGGAGCUGCCUUUGCGCUAUGUGCACAGUCCCCAAAGGGAGCAGGGGAGGCAGUGGCUUGGAUUCUACCAUUCACAUCUGGAGGGUUCCUGUACAUUGCACUAGUUACAGUUCUACCCGACCUCAUCGAGGAGAAAAAUGUUAGGAACUCUCUCGGACAGGUCCUCUUGAUCUGCUGUGGGAUCGCAGUGAUAACCGUCUUGUCGCUGGUAGUGGAAUGAGAAGAGCAAUGGGCCAGAAAUAACAUCUCUGUAAAGAGCAGGAGGGUCACCCACACAUUCAACACUGCAAGAGGUGGUGUUGAGAGAGAGCAGGGCAGGGCUCCGUGUCAAGCAGCAAACAAUGGUUUGGUUUACCUGUUCCUUUAAGUAGACCCCGGACCAAACCUGUGGUUAUCCAUUGGCUGCUGCUAACCAAUCGUAUUGUGGCAAUCCAGCUGCCAGAGUGGAUUAUGGGUGCAGUGGCUGAAUUGUCACGUUUUCUCUAUCUAUGGUUUCUGCAUUGCUCUCUUGCUCGUUCAAUCCUUGCCCUGUGCUUCUAUCACCUGUUAUAGAAUAAGUAAACCUUUAAAAUAAGUGAAUGUAAAAUUGAUG